UAUUUCUAUAAAAUGGAUACUGGUGGAAUUAUUCCCGAUAUUAUUGAUACUAAACCUGGUGCCAUUGCCAAGGUUACCUAUCCUGGAGAUGUCAAAGUUGAAUUGGGCAAGGAAUUAACACCAACACAAGUCAAGGAUCAACCUGUAGUUAGCUGGGAAGCAGAAGAUGGUGCACUCUAUACAUUGUUGAUGGUCGACCCAGAUGCACCAUCCCGCCAAGAACCAACUUAUCGUGAAAUUUUGCACUGGCUGGUUAUCAAUAUUCCAGGCAAUAAAGUGGCCGACGGUCAAGUCGUAGCAGAAUAUAUUGGUUCUGGUCCACCAGAAGGUUCUGGUUUGCAUCGUUAUGUUUUCCUAGUGUUCAAACAAGAAGAGAAAAUUUCCACCGACAAAUUUAUAGCAAAAACAAGCCGUGAAGGACGUCUGAGUAUCAAAACACGAGAUUAUAUUACCAAAUAUAAAUUAGGAAACCCCAUUGCUGGCAAUUAUUAUCAGGCUCAAUAUGACGACUAUGUACCAAUCUUGAAAUCUCAGUUAAAGUGA